CGUGCGAGAGCCAAAGAGCGGGGGAGAGCGAACGCCAGAAUGCAAGGGAAAUAGCGCGCUUUCCAAAGCGAAGAACUCAGCCUGGGCUCUACGAAUUUGAGUGCUGGAAUUGGCAUAGGAAUUGGAAUUGGAAAAGCAAUAGCUACCGUAAUCGCAACUCGACAGGUUGACAUUGCGCUGUCCCGUGAAUUCGGUUGGAUGCGGAGCAGAGACCAUAACUGUAAACAGUAGUCAUAAUCCGAUCGGAGUGAUACGAGUGCCAGACUUUUGACACGAUGCAGUUUGUGGCCAGUGAACAUCCCCACCGACGUCUAAAUCCCUUAACCGGGCAGUGGGUUUUGGUGUGCCCACAUCGCACCCAACGCCCCUGGUCCGGUCAGCAGGAGAAGCCAGAGAAAAACGAGCUGCCCGAAUUCGAUCCUACCAAUCCCCUUUGCCCCGGAGUCACCCGCCCCAAUGGAAUUGAAACUCCAGCCUACAAAAGCACCUAUGUGUUCGAGAAUGACUUUCCGGCCCUGGUGGAGGUAGUGCCAAUUCCUCCCAACAGCGAUGAUCCUCUGUUCCAAAUAGCUCCCGCCCGUGGUAACUGCCGAGUGAUGUGCUUCCAUCCCAAAUCGAAUCUCACCUUGCCCACAAUGAGCGCAGCGGAUAUUGUCGUUGUUAUCGACGAAUGGAUCAGCCAGUUCAACGAGCUGAGUGCGAAGUACGCCUGGGUGCAGAUAUUCGAGAACAAGGGAGCCGCCAUGGGCUGCUCCAAUCCCCAUCCGCACUGCCAGAUCUGGUCAUGCUCGUUCUUACCGUCGGAACCGCAGCUGAAGCAGGAGCGUCUCCGCACCUAUUACACCACCAAUGAGCGACCCAUGCUGGCCGAUUACGUAGACCGGGAGCUGCAGCGCCAGGAGCGGAUCGUGAUCGAAAAUCCUGACUGGCUGGUGGUGGUGCCCUUCUGGGCCACUUGGCCCUUCGAAACCAUGCUUAUUUCACGAAACAACAACAAGCGGAUCAACGAUCUAACACUGGAACAGCGCCAGAACCUGGCGGUCACCAUCAAGGAGCUGACCACCAAGUAUGACAACCUGUUCCAGUGUUCGUUUCCCUACUCGAUGGGCUGGCACGGAGCACCGACUGGGCCAGAGCAUGCACAUGCAUCCAGUGCUCACUGGACCCUGCACGCCAUUUAUUAUCCGCCCCUCCUGCGAUCAGCCACUGUGCGCAAGUUUAUGGUGGGAUUUGAGCUACUGGCCAUGUCCCAGCGGGAUCUAACUCCUGAGCAGGCGGCUCUGCGGUUGCGGGAGGUCGAUGGAAAGUGUCAUUACACGGAGAAGUGAUUUCGUUUAAGUAAACUAUCAACAUCACCGCCAUAUGGAGCAGUUCGUGGCGGUUGGUAUAAAAUGUAAUAAAAAAACGGUCAAUUGCCAAUGUUUAUGAAGGCCUACCGUUGUAAUUACUUAAUAGUUACUUGCAAUCACUUGUAAAUAUAUUCCUAAAUAAUGAA